AUCGUAACCUUCCCACAUAUAAGCUCUCCAUACUAGAACCGUCAACAGCCUUCAACUCAAAAUGGACGAUCCCUGGGCUGACGCACCUGCAUCUCCGCUACCAAAAAGCGAGCACCGUUUCGGCAACGUCAAUAUCAACGACAAUGAAAAUGCCAACGCCUUUAGUAACUACUCUCUCCCCAAAUCACCUUCAGCGAAUGGACCAGAGAAGGUGCAAGAAGAGCAAACAGAAGAGAAGACAAAAGUAGAGACAGAGACGGAGCCAUCACGAGAGGAGAUCAAUGGAGCGAGCGAGUCUGAUGACGAGGCGCAGGUUGCGCAAGUCCAGUCUAGCCCGGCUCAGGAGUCGCAUCAGUGGCUCUCACCGCAAGUCGAAGCUUCGGAUCAAGAGGAAAAAGCGGAAAGAGAGGAGAGUGAGGAGAGGGAAGAAGAUGGGGAAGAGGAGCAGGACGAUUUCGACGAUUUCAAUAGUUUUGAUGGCCCCAGAUCAUCGUCUUUCCCGACACCUAAUCCCGACAAGGGCGCGAUGCCAGGCGAGGGCGGAGAUAUUGACGAUGGAUUUGGAGAUUUUGCAGAUUUUGAGAAAGGGGAAUUUGAUGAGCCCGUCGGUGCUGAAGCCGGGAUUGGUGGGAAUGGGUUGGUAGAGGAGCCUGAACCGAUCAAAGAACGAUGGCACGCCCUCGAACUUCGUCCACCUCCUCCUAAAUCCGAGAUCGCCAACCAGCUUUCCUCAAUCUUGUCUCCCUUAUUCCUCCACCAGGAUUCAUUGAGUAAUGAACCCAUCAGAAUGGUAGGUGGAUUGAAGCAAGUGUUGGUAUCCCAAUCUUCACGAGAUGCUUACGCCCAACUUACCACACCACCAAUAACCAAACCACUCGACUGGACACGUUCCCGCGUCAGGAGGGAACAUCUCAUCUCAAUGGGUGUACCCGUCAACCUGGAUGAAGUCGACUCGCAUCGGCUCUCUGCCCUUCCUCCUCUACGGAUCGUCACCUCUUCCGGUUCUGGAUCCUCCCGGCCACAGCCGAGAAGGGCGGAGACAUUUGACGCGUAUACAGGAGUGAAAUACACGAGCGAUCAGAAAGGAAAAGGGCGAGAUACAGAUGGGUCAAUGUCGGCAGGGCCUGGGGUGGGUGUCGGGUAUAUGGAGCGGGAUAUGAAUGGAGAAGAAACAGGCAAAUACGGGUUGGGAGAAAAGCCAGAGAUGGAUACCCUUCGAGCUGAGGAACUUUGUGGACUUGAAGAAGACGCGCUCUCCAUUUUACCCAUAGCGUCAUUGCGGAAGCUCCAGUCAGAUUUGGUGGAAAAUACCUCGCAAGUAUCAGCAACGCUUGCGUGGAUGUUGCAGCUCAAAGAUGCGCAAUUACACGAUAGUGCGACAUACAAUGGUAUGAUAUCGUCUCUCAUAGCCAACGCCGCCCGUGUAAAAGCUUCCGAGAACACUGGAGGCGGAGGUGUGUUCAGACGAGGGUCCAGCAAGCGGCCGCAAAGUGUUAGCGGGGGGAUGACUCCUAAACGGACAGGCAGUCCGGGAGUUUGGUAAUAAGAUUCCAUUCUUUAUGCAAAUGACAGCAUCAUUAGCAAUUAGCAGACGCUCUCAUUUGACGUAUUUUAUCCAUGAAGAUGGCGUAACAACG